UCACUGGGAACACUGUUAUCUAUAUUUAAUGUGGCGCCUGGGGCGGGGGGGAGCAAUAGUGCUAUUAUCGGUGGUUUGGGGCGCUUGCUGUGUGGUUUAGCUGGGGUUAGUCAGGAUAGGGGGGCAACGGGGGCUACCCCCUUAGCAGCGUGGGGGUUGGGGGCAGAAAAUAGCAAUGUACCGGCGACCGCUAACAAUAGUAAUGUAGCAGUGGCCAAUAGCACGGGUGUAGCCGAAUCAGUGUCAGUGCAGACGCAGGCGGGAGGUGAGGAGGAUAGGCCCAGAUUAGAUGACGCCGCAAAAGGGGAGGUGUAUGUUUGCUUUGAGGGUCCCCUGGGAGCGCAUUUGAAAACGGAGGUGCGUGAGAAAAUUUGGAAGGGAGAGUAUAUAGAAAUUUUUUCGCUGCUUCCGUUGGAGCGGUUCAACCUUGAUGUGGUAAAAAAGGAUGGAGUAAGAAAGGAGGAUGAUGAUAAGCGUCGCUAUCGCCUUAUCCCUAGGUCAUUUAGUAAUUGGCUACAGGCCUUUGCUAUUUUGGCAAGUGUGAUUGGGGAGAAGAGUCCGGAAUGCUGUUCCCCUUUAUUUUGCUAUCUGGAUGCUAUUGGGGAAGCCUAUAGAGUGUAUGGGGGUUCCGGGUGGUUACGGUAUGACGAGCAGUUUCGUCAGAGGAAAGCGGUCCGUCCUAAUAUGAGAUGGGACCAUAAGGACAUUGCGUUAUGGAUGAGGGUGACAGCGCCAGGUAGGAGUGGUCAGUCCUUUCGGAGUGAGUCAGGGGUUGGGGUACAGCAAGGUACAGGGACGCCCCCAGUUGGAAGAGGAUACUGCUUCCUUUUCAAUGAGGGAAGUUGCAAAUUCGGCCAAAAAUGCAAAUUUAGGCAUGAAUGUUCCGUGUGUGGCGGGGGCCAUGGGGCUAGCAGAUGUUUUAGAGGGGGUAGACAAAGGGGGGGGGAUAGUUUUGCAAAAGGGGCAGACCCCAGUGCGAGUGGAAAGGAUGGUGGGGCAUCUAAAUAGAUAUCCGAACCAGGAGUUAGCUGAAUUUUUGUAUUCAGGGUUUAAGUUCGGUUUUCAUAUACCUUCACACCCGUUACCAGUCUUAGAGAAGCGGAAGAAUUUGCGCUCGGCAUUGCAGUUCCCGGACAUAGUGACAGGAAAGUUAGCUAAAGAGGUUUCCCUAGGGAGGAUGGAUGGUCCGUUUGUUACAUCACCCAUCAGUAACUUGCGAGUUUCCCCUUUGGGUUUGAUCCCUAAGAAGGAGCCUAAUAAAUUUAGGCUCAUCCACCAUUUAUCAUUCCCUAAGGGUGCGUCGGUCAAUGAGGGCAUUGACCCGGAACUUUGUUCUGUGGUUUAUGCCUCCUUUGAUGCGGCUGUGGAGUGGGUAAGGAAGCUGGGUCCGGGUACCCUGUUGGCAAAAUGUGACAUUGAAGCGGCAUUUCGGUUGUUGCCAGUUCACCCGGAUAGUUUGUAUUUACUGGGUUGUUUUUGGAAUGGCGCUUAUUUUGUGGAUAGGUGUUUGCCAAUGGGCUGUUCAAUAUCGUGUGCAUAUUUUGAGCGUUUCAGUUCUUUUCUGGAGUGGGUGGUGGUUCAGGAAUCAGGUUGUCACUCUGUCAUUCAUUAUUUGGAUGAUUUCCUGUGUUUGGGGCCGGGGGGAUCCAGGGUUUGUUCGUUGUUGUUAUCCACAUUACAGUCUGUUUUUGAGUGUUUUGGAGUCCCGUUAGCGGUGGACAAAACGGUGGGGCCGGCUACUGAGCUAAGUUUUUUGGGUAUUGUCAUAGAUACACAGCGGAUGGAGUGUAGGCUACCAGUAGACAAAGUGUCAGAUUUAAGAACAGAGGUGGCGGCGGCAUUGACAGCAAAAAAGAUUCGUCUGCGGGACCUGCAGUCUUUGUUGGGCAAAUUAAAUUUUGCAUGCAGAAUCCUACCUAUGGGCCGCAUUUUUAGUAGGAGGUUGGCUUCGGCGACAGGAGGGGUGGUGUCUCCCCACCAUUUUAUUAGACUAGGCAGGGAGUUGAAAGGGGAUUUGAAAGUUUGGGAUUCCUUUUUAAAACAGUUUAAUGGCAGAGCAUUAGUUAUGGGGGGGGUGGUUGAUGCGUUUGAUUUCGAAUUGUUUACGGAUGCUGCGGGUGGAGCGGGUUUUGGGGCGUACUGUGAAGGGCAGUGGUGUGCGGGUCGGAGGCCUGAGUCCUGGGUACGAAAAGGGUGGGUAAAAAACGUGGCAUUGUUGGAACUCUUCCCCAUUGUGUUGGCAGUCACGCUCUGGGGGGAGAAGUUUCGGCACAAGAAGGUUCGUUUCCAUUGUGACAACUUGGGAGUUGUGCAAGCCAUCAACAGGGUAACGGCUUCUUCCCCCCCAGUUAUUUGCCUAUUGCAGCAGUUGGUUCUCCGGUGUUUGUCCCUUAAUGCUUGGGUGUUUGCGGUGCAUGUGCCUGGUUCCUCUAACUGUAUAGCUGACGCACUUUCUCGUUUUCAGUGGGAGCGGUUUCGCCAGCUGGCCCCGGAGGCGAGUCAGGUCGGAUUGGUGUGUCCAGAGUCGUUGUGGGAGAUCCUGGAGGUGAUGCCCCGUUAUUAGUUUGGAUCCUGGGCCAUUCGUUCGUGUUCUGGGGGGCAUUACGAGCGGAUGUUCGGCAGAAUGGGCGGCAGCUGGGGUUUGAUCGGGGGACAGCCAUAGUAAGAUGGAUCGGACGCAGAGGUAUGGUGUGGGGUAAUGUUUUGCAGGAGGUUCAUCGGCAAGCCAGGUUAGAUAGAGUCCCAGAUAUCUUGGUGUUGCAUGUUGGGGGAAAUGACCUAGGGGUCCGACCUUGCAGAGAGUUGAUCAGGGAUAUACGUUUUGAUUUUUUGCGUUUGUGGUCCCUCUUCCCGUCAGUUGUCACUGUGUGGUCGGACAUUGUCCCCAGGAAGGUCUGGAGGGAGGCGAGAUCGGUUGAAAGGCUGAAUAAGGCUAGGAUUAAGCUGAACAGGGUGAUUGGGCGGUUCUGUGCCAAACAUGGGGCGGUGGUGGUGAGGCACCCCGAGUUGGAAGCAGGAACAGGAGGCUUUUGGAGACAGGAUGGAGUCCACCUCAAUGCGGUGGGCAUUGAUUUGUGGUCACUGGACUUGCAGGGAGGUAUUGAAACAGCCCUCCGGGUGUGGCGGAACGCGCGAGCUUAAGGGCUGUCAAGCUGCGCGUUGUUGGCGGGGGGAGGUCAUAGAAGCUGGGGCUACUGGAUGGUAACGGUGAAUGAGAGGGCCUCAAUGGUGGGGCUGGACUCUCAGAGUUGGGGCACCUGGUUGGCUUGGU